CUGGCUUCCUCCUCCACUUCCUUCCUCCUGGAGGUCUGGCUUCCUCUUUCCCUGCUGAGUCAGGGGAGUGACCCAGACAUGAGGGCAAGAGGGAUUGAGGCAGGGCUUUAAAACCCGGGACUUCCCUCCUUCCCUCCCCACUGGUAGCCAUGGCCUCCAGCCCCAGCUGUCCUGUGCUCCCUGUGCUGCUGCUGCUGUUCCUCCCCGCCAUCCUGCUCUCACCCCACGGGGCAGGCGGGCAGUCUGUGCGUUGCUUCUCCAACUUUGAGGAGGCUUCCAGCCAAUGCCAGGGGCUCCUGGGCGAGAGUGUCAGCAAGGAUGACUGCUGCCUCAAUGCCGCCCACGGCUUCCAGAUCCCGGGGAGCCAAACCUGCCAGGCUUGCGGGGCCCCUCGAUGGUCGCCGUGGUCCGCCUGGUCCCCGUGUUCCGUGUCCUGCGCGGAGGGCUCCCAGCUGCGCCAUCAACGCUGCCUGGGCCAGGGAGGCCCGUGUUCUGGGAAGGGGCAGCCCGGGAGCCUUCGUUGGGAGCUCCAGGCGUGUCAGGACCGGGAGUGUUGCCCAGAGGCCGGCGGUUGGUCCGACUGGGGGCCGUGGACCCCGUGCUCCGUGACUUGUGCUAAGGGUCUGCGGAGCCGCCGAAGGGCCUGCAACCAGCCGGUCCCAAAGUGUGGGGGCAGCUGCUCUGGUGGGGAAAUCGAGACCGAGCCGUGCGACACAGAGGUCCUCUGUCCCAUCCACGGGGCCUGGGCAACCUGGGGGCCUUGGGGACACUGCUCGGCUUCCUGUCACGGGGGACCCCGGGUCCCCGUCCAACACAGAACCAGAACGUGCUCUUCUCCAGACCCCUCGGUCCAGCCCCCAGGGAAACCAUGUUCUGGCCCCCCCUAUGAGCAGCAAGGCUGCAAGGGCCUCCCGCCGUGCCCUGUAGAGGGUGGCUGGGGUCCCUGGGGCCCCGCUAGCCCCUGCCCAGUGACCUGUGGCCUGGGUCGGACCCGAGAACAGCGGCUGUGCAACAACCCCUCACCCCUGCACGGAGGUGCGUCCUGUGCCGGAGACGCGUCCCGGAAUGGCCUGUGCAACACGGGCAAGCCCUGCCCGGUCGACGGUCACUGGGGCCCCUGGGGGGCCUGGGAGCCCUGUACCCGGCUCCAAAUCUCCAACAUUGCGUGUCAGAACGUGCCAGGCCAGCAGCAGCGCUCUCGGGUGUGUGAGGGUCGGCUCCACAAUGGCCAGCGCUGCCCGGGCCGCUUCCAGGAGACCCGCCACUGCUACAACAUCCACCUGUGCCCCUUGGAUGGCUAUUGGGAAGCCUGGGGGCCCUGGGGUCUCUGCACGCCCCCCUGUGGGCCCGCACCCACCCGCUCCCGGCAACGUCACUGCAUCGCCAAGUUGCCCGCUUACUCGCCCACUGUGACCGUGGUAGAAGGCCAGGGGGAGAGAAACGUGACAUUCUGGGGAAGCCCCCGGCCCCGCUGCUCCGAGUUGCAGGGCCAGAGGGCCAAAGUGGAGGAGAAGAAGCCCUGUCUACACCCUCCCCCCUGCACAGACCCUCUGGAGGAGGGAGGCUGACCCAGCGUCCCGAGGAGGACUCGGCAUCCUAGGGGAGGGAGCACGGGGACGUGGAGGGGAUUCUCUUGCCCCGCGGGACCGAGUCUUAUGAAGCACUGCCCCCAAUAAACAGAUCUCCCAGCUCAA